AUGGCCAUGCUUCCCACAUACAGAGGGUUGGACUUUGAUUUAAGACAAAUUCCACUCAUGGAUUUGACUCCGAGAGCCACCUGCCAUCCCCUAGUGCUGGAUGAGGGUGGGAAAGGCUGCAGGGGGGCCUGGCUGGAGGCAACAAUGGACCUGGCUGAGCGGCGCCGCAUCCGCUCGGCCAUCAGGGAGCUGCAGCGGCAGGAGCUGGAGCGGGACGAGGAGGCGCUGGCAUCCAAGCGUUUCCGCCCGGAGCGUGGCAGCCACCGGCAGGACAACAAGGAGAACUGGCUGCAGUCCCGGCGCCUGGAGGAGGAGCAGCAGACAGCCUUGGCCGCCUUGUCCAGGCAGCUUGAAGCCAUCACCGAUGUGGAGGAGCUGACAAAACUGCUGCGGGCGGCGGGUGAGUACGAGGAGCGCAAGCUGAUCCGAGCUGCCAUCCGCAAGCUGCGGGCUGAGGAGAUCGAAGCUGCAACCCUGGCUGGGAACACACAGAGCAGCCGGAGAAGGGAUGGCAGUGAGCCUGCAGCUGUGCCCGGGGAUGCGAAAAGCAGCCAGAGGGACGAUGCUGAAACACCAGCCCUUGCUGGGAGUCGGAAGAACAGCUGGCAAGGUGAUACCGAGCUGCCAGCUCUGGCCAAGAGCGGGGAGAGCCGUGGCGAGGGCAGCACUGAGCCCCUGGCCAGGGGGAGCGGGGAGAGCAGGCAGCGAGAUGAUGCGGAGCAGCCGGCACUGGCUGGGCUGGACGAGAGUGGCCGUGGGGGUACUGCAGAGCGGCCCCCUGCCCAGGAGCCUGAAGGCUCAGCGGCCCACGAGCGACACAAUGUGGUGGAGCAGGAACAUGUCCCGGCUGGGAUGCAGGAGCCAAGCAGCCAGCAGGCGGGAGACCCCCAGAAACCCAGUGCCCAGGCUGUGGUCUCAGCAACCCUCGUGCUCCUGGAGCUGCAGCCAGCCCCGGAACAUGGUCCAGAGCCUGAAGAUGGUGGCGAGGAGCCAGAGCAGCGUGGUGUUGGGGUGCGUGGCCAGGUGUCGGGGCCAGCCAUGAGGCGCGGGGAGCCAACAAGAAGGCGGUGCCAGCCCGUGCCGCCCGGUGUUGUGCCCGCCCCUGGCAGCCAGCGGGCAGAGGUGACCCUGGGGCUGCAGAGCACCCCUAUCCGCAUCACCACCAUCCCCAGCAGCAGUGGCAGUGUCUGCAGCGUCAGCAGCGUCACCAGCAAUGUCACCAAGCCUAUGGAGCCAGAGGUGGUGGAGCAGUCUCAGGCACCGAGGCUGGAGCCGGAGCUGCCAAAUGGCAUGGAGAAAGUCCAAGUGAGGGAGCUGGAGAGAAGGAGCAAGGUGAACAUCGAGGAGCUCAACAGGAUCGAGGAUGAAGAUGUUCUGGAUAAGAUGCUGGAUCGGACAACAGACUUUGAGGAGCGGCGAUUGAUCCGGAAUGCCAUGAGGGAGCUGCGCCAGCGCAAGCGAGACCAGCGGGAGAAGGAGUGGGACAAGCGGCUGCAGGAGACGAGGAGCCAGGCUACGGCAGGGGGGGAUGAUGGCACCAAGACCUCCCGUACCACAACCAUGGAGUCAAGUUAUGUGAAGAGAUCGGAUAGUGGCAACAGCACAUUCGUUCAAACUAAAUCAUCCUAUAGCUCUUCUUCCAAGAAGACAGGCAGCAUCUUCGACCGUGAAGACGAGAGUGCCUCCAGGCAGAGCAGCCUGGCUGCGCUGGAGCGGCGCCAGGCUGAGAAGAAGAAGGAGCUGAUGAAAGCUCAGAGCCUGCCCAAGACAUCGGCCUCGCAGGCUCGCAAGGCCAUGAUGGAGAAACUGCAGAAGGAGGGUGGGAGCAUGCCAAACCCUGCGGCAGCACGCACCACCGCUGUGCAGCGCUCCUCCAGCUUCGGUGUGCCCAACGCCAACAGCAUCAAGCAGAUGUUGCUGGACUGGUGCAGAGCGAAGACCCGAGGCUACGAGCAUGUGGACAUCCAGAACUUCUCAUCCAGCUGGAGCGAUGGCAUGGCCUUCUGUGCCUUGGUCCACAACUUCUUCCCUGAGGCGUUUGACUACAGCCAGCUGACGCCUCAGAACCGCCGCCACAACUUCGAGGUGGCCUUCUCCUCUGCAGAGAAGCACGCAGACUGUCCGCAGUUGCUGGACGUGGAGGACAUGGUCCGGAUGCGCGAGCCGGAUUGGAAGAUGCUGGUGGACUGCGUGCCCCUGGUGGAGGUGGAAGACAUGAUGAUUAUGGGGAAGAAGCCAGAUGCCAAGUGUGUCUUCACCUACGUGCAGUCCCUCUACAACCACCUGCGUCGCCACGAGUUGCGCAUGCGGCAGAAAGAGUGCUAG